AUGUCCGAGAUGGUGGCGAUGCAAGGACCUUGCAAGAAACUGACGUGGAAGCCAGGAGCCGGAGGUGUUGCAGAGGGGCUCCGACGCUGCGCGCUUUGCUGCCUGAGCUGGCCGGAGCAGCUCUGCUGCCCUUGGCCCGCGGAGGAGCAAGAGCAGUUUGCGCCGCCCUCCCAGUUGCCGGCGCUAUGUUUGCCCUGCGAUCAGCUGGUCCGACGGCGGCCAAGUGCGCAGGAGACUGGCCUCUCCGUGCUCGCCCGAGGAGGGGCGGCCGCCCUCGGCGCGGCUGCAGCACACCUUAGCGACGGGGAACAGGAGUUCCAGUCGGUGCUCAGCCAGAAAGUCUUCGACCUGGGUGAAGGGCGCAGCGCGCUGCUUCUCAGCCUCGCUUCCCGGGCAGCUGUAGCACGCGCGCUGCGGCUUGGCGUUCCAGGCUGCGCCGUGGACUACCUGCCGGACGCGGAGGAGCAGGCAUCCUCGUACACGGUGACGGUGGCCCCUGCGGUGCUGGACCUGCGCCACAGCGCCCCGGCCCAGCAAAGUGCCGACGCCCUCGGCGCCUGGCUCGCGGGCGCGGGCUGCGCGGUGCUGCGCUGCCACGGCCACUGCGUGGAGCUAGGCGAUGCAGAGAGCAGGCUUCGCGCCCUGGCGCUGAACGGCGCUGGGUGGCAGGGCCACGUCAUGAAGGUUCGCGAUGCCCAGCCUCCAGGGCCCAUGGCGCCCGCACCCUUGAGGCGGCUACAGCUUCACUGGCUUAGGGCCCUCCGGGGCCUGUGUCCGGCACCGAAGCGUCUCAUCUGUGCCUUCCUGGGUGAAGCCCCUGUCAUGGUGCCUCAUGAUGCGACCAGCAUCCAAGAGGCCCUGGCCAUGUCUCCGGCAGAAGUCAUCAUCACGUCCGGCACCUACCGCCUGGCAGAGGGCCUCCGGCUGCGCUCGCGCGUGCGCUUGCGGGGCCAGGGCGGCGCGACCUUGGAGCUCUGCGCACCGAUUGAAGUCCAGUCGGAGUUCGGAGCGGAGCUUGCGAAUCUGGAGAUGGUGGGCUGCUGCAGCAGCGGCUGUGCAGCGGACUCUGGCGACCGAUGCCCGAACUGUCCCAGGUCGUUGGUUCGCAUUCUCGGCUCCCACCUGGUGGCCCUCGGCCGUGGCCUGGUGGGCUCGUUGGGCGCUUUCGGCUGCUGCAGCUGGGGGAAGGCGGAGGUCGUGCUGGAUCGCUGCACCCUUCGUGGAGGACACCAUGCGCUGGAUAUUCGCGGGGGCUGCGGCGUGCGGAGCCGUGCUGGGAAGCAGGUGGCUGGCCUCCAAGAGUCUGAGGAGUGCCCGCCUGUCCCUCUGGGAUUCGACCUGGGUGCCUGGCUGGCACGCUGCCGGGCGCAUGGGGCCCACGGCGUGCCAAAGGUGGAGCCGCAGGGCUUCCGGCCGUGGUCGCCCGAGAUUUGGCAGGUCCUGGUGCAGACGCACGUGCGCAUGAUCGACUGCGACGUCUCCGACGCAGGGAUGGAGGCCAUCAACCUCUGGCGCGGCGCCCGCCUUCAUCUGCAGCAUUGCCGGCUCCAAAACUGCGGCCAGGGCAUCAGCGCAAGCCUCUACGAGAGCAGGGCGAGGCUCGCGGACUUUGAGCCCUUCCAGGAGCCUUAUGACUUGGUCAUUGAAGGUUGCCAGUUCGCGGACUUCGGCCGACACGAUUGGUCCAGCGCCGUGUCCUUGGGACGCUUCGCCACAACAGGCUUCUACCGCGAGUCUGCCCUGACCAAGAAGUGUGUGGCGGGAGGUGACCUCCGCCUGCGCGCCUGCUUCGUGGGAAACACCGUGCGGAACUGCCAUGCUGGCCUUCUGGCCUCGGAGUGUGCAUUGGAGGCCAAGGGAAAUCGGUUUGAGUCGAUUCAGUUCGGGGCUUUCCAGCUCUUCAACGGCUCCGCUGUGCUCGAGGAGAAUGAGCUGGUCAAUUGUGCGGUCGCCGUGUCGAUACGUGCUGGCCCACGUGAUCGAACGCCGGGUGCGUCAACGUGCCAGUUGAGGGCCAACACCCUGCGCAGCUGCGAUGUGGGACUCAAGGCUUGCUCAGUGCAAGGCUCCCUCCUGCAAUGCGACAGCCAAGCGGAGCGCUUCCUCGACAACGGCGAUGGGCUUCUGGUGCAGGGCUCUGGGGCCCAACUUCGACUUUCGAGGUGCCACAUCGCGCGCUGCCAGCGCGGUGGUGCGUCCGUGGCCAAGGAGGGCCGCCUGGAGCUCGACUCUUGCGACCUUCUCGACAACGGCCGCGGCGUCGUCGUGGCGGGCGGGAGCUCUGCGAACGUGCAGCGAUGCUGCUUCCAAGGCAACACGGGCUGGGCCAUCCGCCUGGAGCCGACACCCUCGGUGGGCGCGGGUGAUCCUGAAGUGACGUCCAUCACGGAAAAUGUCUUCGGCACGCAUCUCCGGGGCAACGCCGGCCGCAAGCGAAUCCGCGUAGACGCCAGGGACCAGGCGGCCGUUGUCGCCGGCAACACGCAGGCGGAUGGCGAAGCAGUGGAUGCUGUGAUGCCCGGCAAAAUGCCGCGCCGCGGCGACCUUGAAGCCGUCGUGGCGGAAUUCGGCUCACUUUCCAUGGCCUAG